UUUUUUAAAAAAUAUAUAUUUAUGGGUUCACUUAAAGCUAUACCAAAUAUUUCUAUGAAUAAUAAAGCAGCUGUUAUUUUGUGUCAAUCACAACAACCUUCUAAUAAUAAAAUUCCAGAAAAACAAAAUAAUCAAAUUAAAGAUGUAUCUGCUAACAAUUCCUCCACCUCCUCCUCCUCUUCCUCAUCUUCAUCUUUAAAAUCACCAAAUAAUUGGUCUGAUCAGUUUCAUGAAUUUGUUGUUAGUUUUUACAGAAUUUGGGCUAAAUUUGUAAUUGCCCAUCCAAUCAAAAUAAUUAUUUUUUGUUUUUUAUUAACAAUUAUUUGUUCAAUUAAAAUGAUUAAAACAAAACGUGUAAAUGAACUUCGUGGAUAUACUCCUUAUGGAGCUAGGGCUUUACACGAAUUUGAUGUUCGGGAUGAAUUUUUUGGGCAAUCCGGGAUUGGAAUACGCUUUUUUAUUUUGAUAUUACCUAAAGAAGAGAAUGGGACAAUGUUGGAUGAAAAAGUAUUGGAUGAGGCUGUUGAGGUAGACAAUAUUAUACAGAAAAAUUUAACAAUAUACAACCGUAUAACAAACAAAGAAGAAUCAUACAAUCAAGUAUGCCGCCGUUUUUGUACAAUUAAUGAUCCUGUUAGUCUUUUUGCUAUUGGAUGGAAAGAACAACAAGAAAAUUUAAGAAAUGGUGAACCUUUAAAUGAAAAAACACGUUUAAAUUAUCCUUUUUCGAAAGUUAUGGACAUGAAUGUUAAUCUUCAGCUAAGCUUUUUCGGUGUGGAAUUUGGGAACAGUAGAAAUUACACAAAUAUGGAGAAAGUAGAAAUGAUUGUUCUUUUAUAUCGUGCUGAACGUAUUGGAGGUUGGACAAAUGAAGAUAUAUCUAAUUAUGAAAUGAGUGUUUCUAAUUAUUUUAAAAAUAACUUUACUGGCAAAUAUAUUCGAGUACUUUCUAUUUCUACUUCUUAUGCUCAAGUAGAAUUUGACCGUUCCGGCAAAAUUUUAAUUACUUUUGUUAGUGUUGGGUUAAUAAUUAUGUGUUUAGCUUCUUUAUUAAGUAAUUCUUUAUCGGCAACAUUUAUGAGACAAUUCUCUUUUUAUAAAUUUCCCGUUGCUUUAUUUGCCUGUUUAUGUCCUUUAAUGGCUAGUGGAACGGCUUUAGGGUUACUUUUCUUUGCUGGCGUUAGAAAUGCUUCAAUUCUUGGAUUAACUCCUUUUCUUAUUUUGGCUAUUGGAAUUGACGAUGCCUUUUUAAUGAUCCAUUCCUGGCAAAUGGCAACCUCAAAAAGAAGAAAAAAUAAUAUUUUACCCGCAGCCAUUAUUAGCGGGGAUGUAAUUACUAUGGAAGCUGAAAAAAGACUUAAAGAACAACAAAGAAAGCAAAUAGAUUCUUCCUUAGCUAAACAAUUAACUGAAGUAUUAGAAGAAACAGGUCCAGCAAUAAUGAUAUCAGCAUUAACAAAUAUAAGUUCUGACAUUAUUGGGUCUUUUACUGGAUCUCCAGAAAUUACUCUUCUUUGUGUUGGCAAUAUUGCUUCUAUUACUGUUGAUUUCUUUUAUCAAAUAACUUUAUUUACUUCUGUUUUAAUUAUUUGUGCUCGUUUUGAAUUUAACCAAGAAGUUAAAAAUGCUCAACAAAAUAACAAAAAUAUGAUAAUUGUAGAAAAUAAUACUCCCAACAACAACAAACAACAAAUUAAAAAUGAAAAAAGUUUUAGAAAUAAGAUUGAAAUUAUUUUUAAUAAAUUGGCUAAAAUUUAUGUUAAAAUAGUUUCGAAUAUUUGGGCUUCUAUUUUUAUUUGUUUUGUUUGGUUAACUGUUUUACUUGUUUGUAUUAAGGCAUUAACACAAUUCGAAAUAAAUUUAACAACCAAAAAAUUAUUCCCUCCAGAUUCUCCAUUAUUAGAAAUUGAAAAUUAUCGAGAAGAGAAAGUUCUCCCAUUUUAUACCCAAGCACAAAUAUUUAUUGAAAAUCCUGGGGAUUUAACAAAUAAAAAAAGAAGAAAACAUUUGGAUAAUUUAGUUGAUGAAAUGGAACAUUUGCCAAAUGCUUAUCCAGCAGAGAGUAGUUUUUAUUUUGUUAGAGCUUUUGAAGCUUUUGAAAAAUCUUUAUCUGAAGGAAAUGGAGGGGAAAUUAUUGAUGAAGACAACAGUAAUUUAACUACCACAACAACAAUUUCUUCAAUCCCAAAAACGCAAAAUUUUGAUUUGACGGAUUUAGAGAAUUUUCUUUUAUGGCCAGAAAAUACCCACUGGAAGGGUCUUAUCAAUUAUCACACAGAUAACCUAAAAAAUGAAAGUGAAUUAACUACAGAUUUGGAUAGUUUAAUGGUUACUGUAGCCUAUCAUGGAGAGGAAUUAAAAGAUUGGCAUUAUAGAGCUUUAAUGUUAAAUCAGUGGCGGUCUGUUGUUGAUAAAUAUAAUGAAGAAUUUAAUGUUACUGUUUUACAUGAUGAUGGUUUAUAUUUGGAUUUGUUGGAAAAUAUGCCAACAGAUAUUUGGCAAUCUGCAGUAGCUACUUUAUUUUGUAUGGCUAUUAUUUGUGCUUUAUUUAUGGGUAGUAAUUUCUUUGUUGUUUGUGUAACUACUGGGGUUAUUGCUUCUAUUUGUGCUGAAACACUUGGAAUAUUAUCUCUAACGGGAAUGUCUAUGGAUCCAGUUUUAAUGUCUGCAGUAAUUAUUUCUAUUGGAUUUAGUGUUGAUAUUCCUGCACACGUUUCUUAUCAUUUCCAUACAGCAAAAUGGGAAGAUGAAGAUAAUAAUGGAAAUCAAAAAACCAGAAAAACGCCUAGAAGCAUUCCAGAACGUGUUCAAAGGGCUUUUUCUUCUGUUGGAUUUCCUGCACUUCAAGCAUCAGCUUGUACAAAUGCCUGUGCAUUAGCAUUAUUAUUUUUACCUCUUUACAUAGCUCAAGUUUUUGCCCGAGUUAUUUUAAUUUGUAUUACUUUGGGAACAAUUCAUUCAUUAUUACUUUUGCCUGCUUUAUUUACAAUUGUGGCUAGUGUAGAAAAUUUUUAUGAUAAAUAUUUUGGUGAAAAUACAGUUAAAUUAAUAAAUGGAAAGAAACAAUUAAAGAAACAAAAUUCUUCAUUUCGAGUAUAA